AUGCGUCUUUUCCUCGUCCCCAUCUCGACUAGACGAGCCUUCGUUUACUGCCGCCCGUCGCAGACCGCGCUGAAGACGGGGGGUUACCUCGACCGCAUCACAAACAAGGCAGCAGAAACAUGGUCGAAUUUCGAGGCCGCUGAAAAUGGCUGGAAGAAGAAACUCGUCACAUAUGGACACGUCGUGCUGCAGCGAAUCCCGUAUGAAGAAUGGGGUCUGAAAAGCAUUCCGCCGCUGAACGCGCAACGUCAGCUUGAGGAGGAGUCUUUGAAGGCGAAACAGCAGCCUGUGGAUGUCAUGUUCCCGGUGAAUGCCAUCAAACAGGAUAGUGUGUUGAGUGUGCUGAGGACGCUGGGCACGGAGCGACAGGAUUUGCAUCGGAGGAAGAUGUGGUGGUGUCUUGGGAUUGCUCCUCUGACUGCUCCAGUUGCAAUCCUUCCAGUAAUUCCGAAUAUUCCCUUUUUCUACCUUGCCUACCGAGGCUGGUCACACUGGCGAGCAUGGAGUGGCUCCAAGCACCUCAUCCACCUGCUCGAUAACAACAUCGCCCGACCGCACGCAUCCUCAGAGCUCGAAAGAUUCUACGCAUCGCGUCUACUACGCGACAAGGAACAAGGAAAAAUCGAAUUCCAACCCGGAUCAACACCCAAAGAACGAGACGGCCCCAAAGGUCGAGAGCGACUUCUCCUCGAGGCCGAGGAUGGAAAAGAACUGGGCGAGAUCCUUGGUGCGCCGGGAAUUGCUAUUGAAGUCGAGCGUGCUGUCUUCCAAAUCAAGCAGAGAUUGGACGCCGAAGAGCAAAACUGGGGCAACAACCCCAGCAUCAAUUUACACUUCCAGAUGCCAUAUACUGCAAACAUUGAAAGCACAACCAUGUCUCAACCACAGACAAUCCAGUCCAGCCUUCCAAGUGACCCCAAUGUCCGCUAUAUAGAUACCGUGCACGCCUACGACCAAUGGGCCAAUGUCUACGACGGAGAUGGCAACUUCCUUCAAGCCCUCGACACCAUUGAAAUGUGCUCUCUGCUCCCGGAGUUUCUCUCCCUUGUAGAAAUCAGCCUACAAAGCAGGCAAAAAGAAAAUGAUACCGCAGUCAAGCUGAUUGACCUGGGCUGUGGCACGGGGAGAAACACGGUGCAGCUGUUACAAACAAUCGGCUCAAGAACCGACAACGAUGAGAAUGUUUUCCAGAAUGCCGAGAUCAUCGGGCUAGACGCAUCGAAUGGCAUGCUCGAUGUUGCGCGAAAGGCAGUUACUUUUUUCUUAGGAACAAUAGUAGGAGGAAACAAAAAGCCAAACGUGACGCUCUCCCAAUUCGACCUUCUUGAGGAAGAUGAUAGUACUCCUACUACUAAAGCAGACGGAAUGAUAUCCACCCUCGUCCUCGAACACGUCCCCCUCAACACAUACUUUUCCAUCGCCGCCAAAUUACUUCACCCCGGAGCAUACUUUCUCGUCUCAAACAUGCAUGCCGACAUGGGCAAGCUGAGCCAGGCCGGAUUUGUUGAUCCUGCCACAAAAACAAAAAUCCGUCCAAUGCGUAGCUAUGCGCAUGAGAUUGGUGAUGUUUUGAGCGAGGCGGCGAGGGCUGGGUUUGAGGUUGUGCCGUUAAGUAAUAGCAGUACAGGGGUUGUUGAGAGGGCUGUUACGGAGGAUAUCCUUGGGGUUCUGGGACAGAGAGCGUCCAAGUACGUGGGCGUUACGGUCUGGUUUGGGGUAUGUUUUAGGAAGAAAUAA